GAAAAGCCGGGACUUCAGGCUGCAGCGUUCUGGCGUUUCGGAGUGAGGACUGCACUUCCCGGCGGCGCCCGGGACCUGGGAAUGAAUUCUCAGCGGAAACUUGAGCACCCCCUUUCCCCGCCUGUGGGCCACAUUUCCCAGAAGCCUCUACGGGCCACAACCCUUUCUUACCCCUCCGCAGCCACCUAUUGCUACCUCGACCUGUGGGUUUGCCCAGGUUCUCGGAGGAUGCUCGCGUGCGGCUGGGCGGUCAGGACUGGGCUUCAUUGAAGCUUGGAAUACGACGUGACUUGGGGCGGAGAAGACUGUUGUGCCGGUUCAGGCCCUAGUUGGAUUUUUUUCCCCCCUCUGGACUACAUUUCCCCGAGGGCUCCGCGGUGUUUGCGAAUUCGGCCGAAGUUGGCUGACCGGUGUGAGUUGCCGGGAGUUCGGGCGCAAAGGAUCGGGGCAUUCCAGGUUGCCUCGCUCACUGGUUUGGGGCGGAUUCAAUCAGACUGGAGUGAGAGGACCCCGGAAGAGUGGACGAAUCCAGAAGAGGAGGAGAAAAGAGCUGCUGGGCAUCAAAAGUCAUGGCGGAGGACUUGAAGUUCAAAGAUGUGGCCAUUUACUUCUCUCAAAAGGAGUGGGAGUGCUUGCACUCUGCUCAAAAGGAUUUGUACCGAGAUGUGAUGUUGGAGAAUUAUAAUACCCUGAUCUCACUGGGAUUUUCUGAUUCUAAGCCAGAUGUGAUCUCCUUAUUGGAGCAGGGGAAGGAACCUUGGAUGGUUAACAGCAAGGAGACAAAAGAAUGGUGCCCAGACUGGGAGUCUAGAAGAGAAACCAAGAUGCUAAAGGAGGACAGUUAUGAAGUUCAAUCAUUGCAACCAGAGAUAACAAAAAGACUUACAAGCUCUACCCUUGAGUGCACUAGGGUCAGAAGUAACAGAGAAAUCAGAUGCCACUUGGAGAGGCUACAAGAAGGACGUUUCAGACAAGCCAUAAUAACCUCUGAAGAAAGAUCCACUUCCAUUCAGCGCACAGAUCAUAGAACACCUCAGACAACUCAUACUGGAGCAAAAUCCUGUGAAUCCAAGGAAUGUAAGACUUUCAGGUACCAAUCACACCAUAGUCAACAUGAAAGAAGUCAUAAUAAGGAAAAAGGCUCUAAAUGUGGAGAAUGUGGGAAAGCCUUUAAUAGUAGGUCAGACUUGAAUAAGCAUCAGAGAAUUCAUGAAAGCAAAAAAAGUGAUGAAAAUAAGAAAUGUGCCUUUAUUCGUGACGCUCAGAUUACUAAAUCUCAGAGCAUUAAUACUGCUGAGAAACCUCAUAAAUGUAAGGAAUGUGGGAAAGCCUUUCAUUCUAACUCGCAACUUAGUAAACAUCAAAGGAUUCAUAUAGGUGAGAAACCCUAUAAAUGUACAGAGUGUGGAAAGGCAUUUCCAUCUACCUCACAACUUAAUUUACAUCAGAGAAUUCAUACUGAUGAGAAAUACUAUGAAUGUAAGGAGUGCGGGAAAGCCUUUACCCGUCCCUCACACCUUCUUCGACAUCAGAGAAUCCAUACUGGUGAGAAACCCCAUAAGUGUAAGGAAUGUGGGAAAGCUUUUCGUUAUGACACACAACUUAGUCUUCAUCAGAUAAUUCAUACUGGUGAAAGACGCUAUGAAUGUAAGGAAUGUGGGAAGGUCUAUAGUUGUGCCUCACAACUGAAUCUACAUCAAAGAAUUCAUACUGGUGAGAAACCUCAUAAAUGUAAGGAAUGUGGGAAAGCUUUUAUCUCUGAUUCACAUCUUGUCCGACAUCAGAGUGUUCAUACUGGUGAGAAACCAUAUAAAUGUAAGCAAUGUGGGAAGUCUUUUCGUCGUGGCUCAGAACUUACCAGACAUCAGAGAGCUCACACGGGUGAGAAACCUUAUAAAUGUCGGGAAUGUGAAAUGGCCUUUACUUGUAGCACAGAACUUAUCCGACAUCAAAAAGUUCACACUGGUGAGAGACCCCAUAAAUGUAAGGAAUGUGGGAAGGCUUUUAUUCGAAGGUCAGAACUUACUCAUCACAAGAGGAGUCAUAGUGGUGAAAAACCCUAUGAGUGUAAGGAAUGUGGGAAGGCCUUUGGUCGUGGCUCAGAACUUAGUCGACACCAGAAGAUUCAUACUGGUGAGAAACCCUAUGAAUGUAAGGAAUGUGGGAAAGCCUUUAUUCGUGGCUCACACCUUAGUCAACAUCAAAGAAUUCAUACAGGACAGAGGAGUGAAUGAAAACAUGUGGGAAGCUUGGAAUUUAAUUGACACCUGGAAAUUCAUACUAGUAAAACACAAACAAAAACCACUGUAAUUGUAAGGAAUGUGGGAAAGCAUUUAAGGAUAACAACUUAAUAUCAGAGUUCAUACUGUGGAUGUGAGGCAGUCCAGAAUUUGACAUUUGUUACUGAUAAAAAACCUUAUAAAUGUUAUGAAUUGGGAGGGGUGUAUUUGUGUUUCAGAAUUUAUUAGACAUCAGAGUUCAAUCAAUUGGUGAAAAAGUGAAAAACUCCGUGAAUAUAAGGAAAGUGGGAAGGAUUAUUAAGAAAGCAGUGUUAGAAACAUUAAUCAUUCUAACUUUUCUCAACAUCAAGGGUCAUUAGCCCUUAUGGGAAAUCAGGAGUCACAAUAUAAAUAUUUAUAUGGAGCACCAAUUUGCUUUAGCUAACUAAUUAUUCAUCUGAUAAUUCGUACUAGAGGAAGGCUACAUUGUUAAAAAUGCAGCAGAUUCUUCCAUUCCAUUCAACUCCUGUUAAAUGUUUGCAAGCUCAUUCUCUAAAAUUAAUCUGAACUGAAUCAGAGUGGGAAAGGAUUUAACCAAUAUUUACUGUUUACUUGGCUUCACCAUUAUUACUCAUUUCUUAUAGGGCUAAUAACUUAACCAAAUUCUCUCAUUUAUCAAUUAGUAAUAUUAGCACCAUAUUUCUUAGUAGCAUUGUGUAUAUUGUAUCCCUUAGAAUAGUGUCUGGCGCAUAUUGAAAGUGUGUUAAAUAAGAGGGGCUUUAUUCUUAAUUUUGUUUUCCUAAUUGUGUAUUAGAGAUCAUAUGAGAGGAAGGCCUUAUGUGUGCAGUGACUAUAUGAACAUCUUACAUCAUCUUUCUUCAUGGAAUGUUAGAUAGUUCCUUCUGCAGAAAAAUUUUAAAACUGAAGCUUUUCAUAGGUUGCCCUUUCCCCCAUUAGGGGAUUCAUGAUGUAAAGAACCCCAGUAGAAUAAAAGUGGGGUGCUGUGAGGUCAGAGGGAAGACUUAGAUAAUUUUUUUUAAGACCUUCCAAAAAACAAGAGACAUAUGCCAUGAUCUCUGGCCUCUCUUUUAGUGAAUUAGAAAAUAAAGGCUCAGCCAAAAUCCAUUUCUCCACAAGGAAAUUUAAGAUACUUGUAUAAAUAAUUUUUACAUUAAAAAGGAAAUCAAAGCAGGGCUUCCCUGGUGGCUCAGUGGUUAAGAAUCCGCCUGCCGAUGCAGGGGACACGGGUUCGAGCCCUGCUCUGGGAAGAUCCCACAUACUGCCGAGCAACUAAGCCCAUGUGCCACAACUACUGAGCCUGUGCUCUAGAGCCCGCGAGCUACAACUACUGAGCCCGAGUGCCACAACUACUGAAGCCCGUGUGCCUAGAGCCCGUGCUCUGCAACAAGAGAAGCCACCUAAUGAGAAGCCCGGGCACCGCAACGAAGAGUAGCCCCUGCUUGCCGCUUAGCCCACGCGCAGCAACAAAGACCCAACGCAGCCAAAACUAAAAAUAAAUAAAUAACUAAAUUUUUUUUAAAAAAGGAAAUCAAGGCAAAUUAUCAUUAGGCAGACUGUCAUUCAAAUGAAUGACAAAGAGACAACUUCAUGUUAAAAUUUGUAGGACGCAACCAAAGCUUUACUCUGAGGGAAUUUAACUUCUUUCAAUAUAUGUAGAAAACAGGGACAAUUCAAAGCGAGGAUUCAUUCUCACUUCCUUAUACUUAGUGCACUGCCUAUUCCUGGUAGGUUCCCAGUAAACAUUUGUUGAUCAGAGGAACGAGAGCGUGAAUGAAUAAGCAUCCAACUGUAGUAUGUUGAGGUGCUCUAACAAAAUAAGUAGAAAGCCCAAAAAAACACCUUAAACUUUUUGAAGUGAAAAAGAUUGCACCCUAGAAAGAAAAAACUCAAGCGUCAUAAGUGAGAAAGGAUAUGUAACUACAGAAAUGAAGGAGGUGAAGAAAUAAGCCAAUAUUGUUGUGGCCGACACUGUUGGUUGCCUGUCCAUUGGUAUUAACCAUUCUCCCUUUGCCAGGAUUGCCUGCUGCCCACCUAAGUCUAAAUGCCAGAUGCCUGCCCUCCUAAUUGCUUUGCAGCUGGGCAUGUGUGUAACAGUCCCGGCCAUAGAAGAUCUAAGCAAAAAGUCUGCAGGUGAGCUUCAGUUAAAUAUUCUUUACUAACAAAAUAGGAGGAAAUGGUCUUCCUAUAUACAGGAUGCAUGUUUCUGUGUCUGUGUGAUACCUGGAAUUAUGGCCAUUUUGCAACCAGGGGAGGCGAGAAACUGAGAUUGGCACAGGAAUAACUUGUGUCUUUGACAUUAUUGAGAUGAUGAAACAAUUCAGAACUGCCCUGUGCCCGGACGGGUGUGAACUAAGAAAUUCCAUGCCUAUCUGUUGUAAGUUUAUAUUCAACUUUAUAUAUCCGAGUCCUAGAAAAAAAUAUUUUCCUAUAUAUACACGUUUAUUCCACUUUAAUUUAGUAAGAUGAGAAAAUGUUUAUAUUAAGCUUUUUAUAGUGUAUGUGGAAUUAUAGAAAAAGCAUUAUUUUCUUAAACGUAUAUGUGUGUGUAUAUAUAUACAACUUUGAUUUGUUAAGAUGUAGGAAAUGUCUGUUUGCAUUCAGCAUCUCACAGUAUAUGUUUAUAUGCAAUUUUUUUUAGUAUGUCUGAAAUUCAGGAAAAGUAGUAGUUUCCUGAAUAUAGUAAGAACCAAGAAAAAACUAAUUAAAGAGCUACACCAUAUAAUUCCUCUAGAGUAACUCACAGAUAAAAUCUAAGUCUUUAAGAUAUAAAGAGUAUCAGCUAUGAGGCUAACACAACCCCUGUACCAAAUUUGGAAAAGGACAGCAUCCAGCUCAAAUCAGCUAUAAAAAUAAUCCAUUGUACUCAUGGUAUAUGAGUAUUCCAAUUAAAAUAGCAAGCCAAAGCUAGCAGCCUAUUAAGAGAAAACAGAGGGUUGUUUUGUCUAGAAUAAAAUGGUUCAUGACCUGAUCUGUCAGAUUGUAAAAAAUGUGAUGUAUAAAUGUAGUGUUUGCACGUUGAAAACUAGACACUAAAACAACAUAUCCACUGAAAGUAGUAAACUAUUAACAGCAUAUGCAUAUUCAACUGCUGUGAGAUCACUGCAUUGUCCUCUUAAUCACAGCUCAUGGGGUGUAGUCAGUCACAGCAUUUGGAGUAAUCACCAUCCAGUGUAUUCCACCUUUGCCCCACACUUUAGAAAAAUAUUACAUACUAAGUUUAAUGUAAACAUAUAUUAUGUGACAGAUUAAAUUGUUCAUAGCUAAAUAUCAAUCAACCCAUUGGAGGACAACUUAUAACAAAAAUUUGAGCAUUUUUUUAAAAGAGGGAAAUGAUUACUAAAUUUUAUCUAUACUUUCUCUACAAUUUCUAACAUUUUUUGAGUUAUAAUAAAUGUUAUAAUGAAUUUCAAGAAAUGAUUCUCUGUAGGCUGGGGGUUGCCAAGGGGGAGGGGGAUGGGAGAGGGUUGGAUUGGGAGUUUGGGAUUAGCAGAUGCAAACUGGUAUAUAUAGAAUGGAUAACAACAAGGUCCUACUGUAUAGCACAGGGAACUAUAUUCAAUAUCCUGUGAUAAACCAUAAUGGAAAAGAAUAUGAAAAAAUAUAUGUAUAACUCAGUCACUUUCCUGUACAGCAGUAAUUAACACAUUGUAAUUCAACUAUACUUCAAUAAAAAAUUUAAAAAAGAAA